CGACGUAGUAUUUAGUAGCUCGAGCUUGUAAGGCUGCGGCCAAGCCCAGGCGUUCGGGCCGGGAUCCAAGAUAGAGAGCUUACACGGGCCAUUGCUGCAAAGCAAAGACUACGCCUUGUCAACGUCGAGCAGCUGCAUGUUUCGUUUCGUCAUAUGGGCCCCCUUGCUUCCGACUUGCCCGCCUGCGCGUCAGUACAUGGAAAUGUCUAUGGACUACCUUAUGUAGCCAGGGCUACCUUACGUAGCUUAACAGGGCUGUGUAGUUGACUCGGUCGCUGCCGCCGGUGCCACUGCUGCAUUGCUGCAACUGAUGUCGGCCGUGUGUGACGAUGAUGCUCUACUUCCUGCUGCUACUACUGCUACUACUACUCCUGAUCAGUACCUAUUGCGUCUCUCGUGCCCCUGUCUGACGGCCAUCAUCCCCCAUCCAUACCCCCCGGAUGUCAAGCCAGCCUGACUGGGUCACCACCCACACCCUUUUUGGUGUCUUUGCAUCCGCCCUCAUGCUCACGCUCACGCUCACCCACCCCAGAUGCCGCCCACACCAAACCGCCAACACCGCCGCCUCCGCUACGUCAAGCAUCUUGGUUGAGCUGCUUGGCUUUUGUCUCGGCAGUAUGAUGAUGUGCUGUUGCCGAGAGAUGGCUCUGCAUCGAGACCGAGCAGAAGGAGAGGCAGAGAGACAUGGCAGAGAGAGGCAAAAUCACGUCUAAAAAGGACCACUGCCCCCGCCCUUCUCCCAUUCAUUCCCAGCUCUUCUUCCUCCCUAGACUUGUUAUUAACAGCUUCGUUGACUUGGCAGCUUCGUUGACUUGGGACCCUGGAUUAAAAUCCAAACCCCAAGCCCAAACCCACCUUCGAAAGCCGGGAUAAUACACUCCACGCAGAUCACACGCCUCUCUCAUCGUCUUUGCACGCCCUCGCUCCACUCCUCGUCGACCCGAUUCCGAGCGAACCUGCAGGCCAUCACACUCUUCACACUCUUCACACCCCCCUCAGGUUCGGGCUACGGUACAUGACAGGCACAUCUACUGCGUCCCCCUUGUUCGCGGUUGGAAGCUGAAGCCACGCGCCGUCGACAAAGUCGCUUUUCGAGCACUCCCGUCGAGUAGUCCGUACCGUGCUUGUUGACGACCGACGCCGACGACUUCGCGACAAUUGCUCUCAUUGCACUCACACCGCUUCUGGCAUUCCCACGCGCGUGCGCGUCUGCAUCCGCCCUUCUCCGUUCUCCGCAUUAAACUAUUCCAUCUUGUGGCCGCCGUCGCCGCCGCCGCAGCGAGCAAGGCCAGGCCCCUCUCCAGCCUCCAGCCUCCAGCCUCCAGCCUCCAGCCAACAGCCAACAGCCAAUUCCGACCAGC